GAAUUGCCCGACGUCCAUACUUCCGUGGACUCCCCAUCUUUGUGGAACCACUGGCGCUCUACCCAUUCCACCCGAAUUAAUGCUUGCACUGUACGCGUUCUACUACUUUACUGGACUGACUAAAAAUCAUUUCUCCGGUCUUCGUCUUCGGAUAGUUUCUUCUUGGUGGAUGUUGAAGCUUCUCGAGCCACUUAGCAUAUCUUAGCUUUUGCUAGCUCGCUGCACACAAAGACGCGUUUAGGAACGUCGUCAAGCAGAGAUCGAGUGUCAUAUUGUGGAUUGCCGUGUUAAAAUGUGUGAUCCAAGGAUAGUUGAGUACGAGAAGGAACUUCCUGGAACAAAAGAGAAGAACGAGCGACAACGUCAACGAUUGUAUGCUCUUUGCAAGCAGCCUCGAGUUGUGCUACACAGAGCAGACAUCUGUAAAAAAUAUCUUCAUCCUGGAGAGCUGGAGCCAGAUUACCCUCCCAUUAAAGAUGUGGUCCAGACACAACACCUACUGGAGGAAGAACCCACUCAGAUUAAAGCAGAGGAGAAGUCAGACCAUCCUCACAUCAAAGCUGAAGAAGAGCAUUGUCACAUCAAAAAGGAGGAAGAGCACCCUCAGAUCAAAGAGGAAAAGCAGGAGGAUAAUAUCACAAAGUUUUUGUCGGUUGGUGUCCCUUUAAAGAGUGAAGAUGAAGGUCAAAGUGAGGAGAACAGAGUGGCUGAGCCUCCAAGCAGUAUAUUAAAUCAACACAUGGCAACAGAAUGUGUUGGAGACCUGUGUGGAGGAUCACAAGAAGACUGCCUCUUAGCUCCACUAUCGGAGAGUGACGACGCGUCACACUAUCGUCACACUGAUGAAGAGUCAGAAUGUGAUAUAUGUCACACUGACAACCAGCGCUGGAAAUGUUCUCAGUGUGGGAAGACAUUUGUCUACAAGUCUCUCUUGAAAAAGCACAUCAUCAUACACACUGGAGAGAAACCUUUUAUCUGCUCAGAUUGCGGUCAAAGAUUCUCUCGAAAGGGAACCUUAACAGUACACACAAGAACACAUUCUGGUGAGAAACCUUUUGCCUGUUCAGUUUGCGGACAAAGAUUCUCUCAUAGAAGUCAUCUGACAGCACACACAAGAACACACACUGGUGAGAAGCCUUUUGCCUGCUCAGUGUGCGGUCAAAGAUUCUCUGAUAAGGGGAACUUGACAAGGCACACCAGAACCCACACGGGAGAGAAACCUUUUGCCUGUUCAGUUUGUGGUCAAAAGGUUUCCGAUAAGGGAAGUUUACGAAAACACAUUAGUAUACACACAGGUGAGAAGCCAUUUGCCUGUUCAGUUUGUGGUCAAAGGUUCUCUCAAAAGGGAACGCUCACAAUACACACACGAACCCACACUGGAGAGAAACCUUACGCUUGUUCAGUUUGUGGUCAAAGAUUCUCUCAAAAGGGAACCUUAACAAUACACACAAGAACUCAUACCGGAGAGAAACCUUAUGCUUGUUUAGGUUGCGAUCAAAGAUUUACUCAUAGAAGUCAUUUGACCACACACCAAAGGACACACACUGGUGAGAAACCUUUUACCUGCUUAGUUUGUGGUCAAAGAUUCUCUCGAAAGGGACAUUUGGCAACGCACACAAGAACACACACAGGGGAGAGACCUUAUUACUGCUCACUGUGUGGUCUACGAUUCUCUUAUAAGUAUCAAUCCAAGAGUCACAAGUGCGCUGGUGAAUAUAGCUGUGGACAAUGAAGUACAGGGCCUUGAUUGUAACAGAGGGACAAUGCGUCCAAGCAGCUCAAGUCAACGCAUGACAAUAGAUGACUGGAGGCCACUGUGAAGAAUCACAAGCUGCUCUUAGUUCGAACAUCACGCUGAUGAGGAUGAAGUGUUUGAAGUUAUGACAUCACUUUGACAACCAUUGCUGAAAAUAUUUCUCAGUGGAGGUUCAUCUUUGUAUAUACAUCUCUUGAAUUGGUGAUACGCUGGCGAGAAAGUUUUUAUCUGCUCAGAUUGUGAUCACCAAUUGACCCCUCCGUACAGGGCACUUAACCACGCCCCCUGAAGUGAGUCACGCCACGUGCGCUGACGUAAGACAAACAGUAAAAAUGGCAAAUACACUACAAUACAUUCUUAACUGAGAGAGACGCCAUGCUUCUGAUUUCAUUCAAUCAUUCACACGUAGCAGUGUUAUGCUAGCGAUGAACGUCUCAUUCAUUUAUACGAGACGUGGAUUAAAAAUCAAAUUUAGGGCAUAUCUUCGUGCAAACACAGUCUGGUUAAGAUUCUGGCCGCGAGCCAGCAAAAAAUCAAUACGUUUGUACAGUCCGAUCAUCGCUAAAUAUCGCUCAACAAAGAAUAAGUGUGUCAAUCGUUCACACGCAGCAGUGUUAUGCUAGCGAAGAACGUCUCAUUCAUUUAUACAAGACGUGUAUUGAAAAUCAAAUAUAGGGCAUACCUUCGUGCAAACACAGUCCGGUUUACUGUAGCCGUGUAGCCGCGAACAAAGGAACACGUUUGUGCAGUCCAAUCAUCGCUAAAUAUCGCUCAACAAAGAAUAAGUGUGUCAAUCGUUCACACGCAGCAGUGUUAUGCUAGCGAAGAACGUCUCAUUCAUUUAUACGAGACAUGUAUUGAAAAUCAAAUAUAGGGCAUACCUUCGUGCAAACAUAUGUGUUCCGGUUGAUAUUAGAUGGAUUUAGUUGAUGAUGCGGUCUUCCACAAAGUUUGAUCCAUCGAAGGGAUUUUUCGUACUGGGUCUUCGGUUUUGGAAAGGGUACGAAUCGAACUCCACCAACUAGCCUUUCAGGAUACCUGUCGUCACUAUUACAAAGUCCGUGACUACACCUCUUAACCAUAUUUUUUGUUAAAUAACCCAAAUACGCGAUAAAACGCUCACUAAACCUAUACUGGACGAUUCAAUGUUGUCAGAGAAAAUGGCGGGAGCAAAAACGGGCUUUGGUCUAUGCAGAUCUCUGGCCUCUGAUUGGUCAGUGACGCGGAUUGCGGAAUAUCCACGGAGGGGUCAAUUCUCCAAAGGGGCCCUUAACUACAAGAGCACACACAGAAACAUUUUCCCUUUACUUUUAAUCAGUUUGCAGUCAAAGAUCUUUCCGUUGUGAACGAGACAGCCAAAUGUUCGAACGGCUCUUGUCUGAGGUGAGGUUAUAGAUAUCGUAUCGAGGUGCAUGCGAUUUUCAUGUACUGUAUGUUCUUGUGUUCCGUGUUCCAUGUACUUUGGUAAAAGCCUCCUGCUGACAAGUGUUGAGCAUGAGCAUUUGUGCUAAAACGUUUGUAGCAAUACAUCUGCCAACGUUUUACUGGUAUAUGUAUCAAAAAUGAUUGAUUGGAGUAGACUGAAAAGAAACAUUUACUUUUUUGGUUGGAAAACUGCAUCUGUCAUGCUGGAUGACAAAUUGAACCUGAAUUUAUAAAUUUGGUUUACUCUGUGACUAGGUUUGCCACCAAAAACAUUCUCCAGUCAAUCAAAUAAAUCAAAAUGGAUUUAAUCCAUUCCAGCCCCAGACCUAAAUUAUGUCCCUAUUUUGCUCGUAUGUGUGGUUUAAAUAAACACCUCAGAAUAUAGAAUUAUUGUAAUUUCUCGUGGACAAUUGUCACACACACACACCAUUGUCAAAAGUCAAUAGUGCACAUUAUAUAGGGAGUCCUCGGUCUAAGAACAGGAUCCGUUCCUAACCUGGCGAUAACCCAAAUUUCCGCAAAAGUGGGAUUUCACCGUUAGUCAAAAUUUACCAUGACAGCUGGGAUUGGCUCCAGCGCUCCCAUGAUCCUCGUGAGGAUAAGCGGCGCAGAAAAUAGGUGGGUGUUGGUAAUACACCAUGCCUUUUCCCUUAAUGAACAUUCGUCUGAUAUUAAAGGGCAACCAUCAUG